GCUUCAGUUUCAGUUCUAAUCAACGCAACGUUAAGAUUUGCUUAAGUCCGGUUAAUAUCUAGAAGUUAAAUAUUGUUGUUGGGUUGGUGCUUGGAUAAAUUUGAAUUUGGAUUACCUUGUCCUUUUUAACGAACACGGAUACAUUUGGAAAUUUUUAUAUUGAAUAUUAAUUUCAAAUAAAAACAUUUCUGUUUUUUUUUUGUCUAAGAAACGUGUGAAAUUUUACAAAAAAAAUCGGAAUGGCAUAUAGACAAUUCUUGGUGCUUGUUUUAUUGUUGGUAGUUUUCGAUGUGUAUUUAGCACAAUCUCCAAAAAUACCUGAUUACAUUCACAUCUGUCAUCGAAAUGAUCCCAAAAUUAACGAAUGCAUUCGAAAUACUGUUCACGAAAUGAGACCAUAUUUGGGUGAUGGCAUUAAAGAAUUAAAUGUUCCACCCUUAGAGCCCCUUUAUAUCGGUGAUCUUAAUAUUUUGGAUGGUGGACGAAAUGGAUUUACUGUUAAAACUAAAAAUUUAAACAUUUACGGAGCUGCUAACUUUGAAAUCAAGAAAUUAAAUGCAUUAGAUCAGGGCAGACAUAUUGAUUUUGAAAUGGUUCUACCAAGACUUCAUGGUGAAGGAACUUAUGACGUCAGUGGGCAACUAUUGGCUUUGCCUCUAAAAGGAAACGGAAGAUUUAGCGGAAAUUUUACUAACUUCAAUGCAUUUGUCAAACUGGAUUUCGAAGUUAAAACUGACAGUGAAAAUGUGGAUCGUGUUGGAAUUAAAAACUUGGAAGUUAAGAUUAUAAUGGGAAAAGGACGAAUUCGUUUGUAUAAUUUAUUCAAUGGUGACAAAACACUUGGUGAUAUUAUUAAUGAAACAAUAAAUCAGAAUUUCGAGACAUUCACUAUGGAAUUAAUUCCACCAAUUGAACGAGCUUUGGAGAAAAAAUUCCUAUCGAUAGCUGGUAAAAUAAUGGAAACAUUUACAUACGAUGAAUUAUUUCCCGUGUAAAUGAAAAGCAAAAUAAAGGAAAACAAAAAUAUAAACAUAAUCUCAGGAUGUGAUAGCUUUUUAAACUUUUUAAGUCAAUUAUUAUUGUGUUUUUUUUUCUAAGUUGUAAUUACAAGUGAUUGUUAAUUGA